UAUUUAUUUAUUUAUUUAUUUUUUUUUUUUGUACAUGCCUUGUAGCAGGGGCUAAGAAUACUGCCGCUGAGUUCCCUGCUCAGCGUAAGAGAAGACUGAUAGGGACAGAGCGAGGGUCCUGGGAACCUCUUUCUGUACGGUGUCCUACAAACACACAAGGAAAAAAGAAACACUCGAGCUAUCUUAGGAUUGAGGGUGAUGGUGGUGGUAAGGAACACAAAGGAAGAGCAAACAUAAGCAAAUUUGUUGGCCCUUACGUGUAUAGGUGUUCUGAAUGUGCGUUAUGUGCGUGGAUGCAGGUAAAUGGGAGAUGAUUGGAGGAUGUGGAGCAAAAGUUGGAUGUGGUAGCGUUGUGUCAUACAGGAUAGGAAAAGUUACCCAGACAUAAGGAGUGUGAAAGUUUUUGUCAUAUAUUACUCAAACUGAACUGCUAGAAAUUAUUAGUAUAGUUGAUCCUUAAAAAUCUUACUAAAGAGCAUAAAAGUAUUAGAUUUAUAAGAAAGUAAUCGGAGUGUGAUUAGAAAUAUGAAGUUAAGCAACAAAUGAAGAUAUCUCUGGUAUAUAUAAAAGGUAAAUGAACAAGGUGAUUGAAGGUUUUGAUGAUAUAAUGAAGGUUGUCUUAGAAGUAUUACCGAAAAAGUUGUAUAACUGAAUCUAGUGACAAAAAAAAAUAAGGCAUGAAUGAUAACUGGAAAACUGUAAUUCAUAAACAACUUCACUGUAUAGCCAAGUUUAAUAGUUGCCAUUUAUUUCCUGUUGCCAUGGUGACCAGCAUGUGUAUAGAUGCUGUAGCCAUGGUAACCUGCAGUGCGCGGCUCAAACAAUUCCUUGCGUCUGCACUACUGAACACUGCACUCUUGUCACUAGCUCAUCCUACAAGAACUUGAAAAGAAUGAGAAGUAUUUCAGAAACUAGAGUAAAUUAUAAAUAACGUGAGGAUUUUGAGCCACUAUAAAGUGCAAGUGAAAAAAAGUACUUAACUUUUGGAAGGCAAUUAAACAUAAUGAAAGUCUGUCAGAAUUGCAUAAAACUAGCGGCUUUUUUUAAACUGAGAAGGCCAGGUAAAAUCCACUCCAGCCUUGGUGAUCAUCCUGGCAUGUGUGUUUCCCCGAGUGUCUCAGCAGGUGUUUGGUCCCCAUUGAAAGUCUCUCAUGGGCCAAUUUAUCCCUCCUUCAGAUUAAUUCUUCAGUGCUCCAUGAGGCCAUGAUGCUCUAUGGCGAGGCAUUACAUGUAAUACAAUAUAUUCACUGCUUCAUAUUGAGAAGAUUCAUAAUUCAUUUCAAGACACAAGAAUAUACAUUAUUCACAGACAUAAAGUGAGAAAAACCUAAUAAAAAGUAUAAGAGAAUGAGUCUGGAGGCCAGCACAGCCAAGUCAUUCAGUGAUCUCAUCCACAAGGCUGAGCUCAGCAUCCAUCUCAUCCUGGAGCUGUUGCCGCCCCUCCCUCCCAAGCCCGGGGGUGCAGGAGAGGAGGAAGGUGGGACAGGAGAGGAGUGGGGUGAGGAGCGUGUGCAUAACCUGUCCAUUCGCAAGCUGCACGAGGACCUGCGCUGCAUAGGGCAGAUGUUUGGAGAUGUGACUGAGGAGCUGCAGGCACACCACACUUUCACAUCCCUGGAAAAGUGCGUUGCAGCGGAGAAGGAGGAGCAGCAACGUAAGGCAGAAUUCAUUGCCUUGCUGCAGGGACAGCGCUGGCGGGCACGGCAAUUUGGGCAUGGCAGUCGCCUCCGUGGUCUCCAGCAGGAGUUACGGGCUGUGCAGGAAGACACCCACAACUUAAUGCGGGAGAAGGAUAAGGAAAUCUCUGAGCUCCUGGCUGCCAUUGCUGAUGCCCAGCGGCUCAACCCACGGCGAGAGGAAUACGAGAAGAAGGCAGCUGAGGUGCAGUUAGAAAACUUGCACUUCCUGUUGGAGCGUGAGGAGAGGAUCACCUGCCAGGAGAGUGCCCGGGUGGGCCGGGAGAUUCCCCAGGAGGUGCGGGUCCAUGCGGCACUCACGAGCUUCCUACAGGAGAGCUGUGCCCGGCUGGAGGCUCGCAAGGAGGAGUGGCGGCAGCGCUUUGCCUCCCAUGCAGAAGAGAAGGGACAGGAGGUGGCUAAGUGGAGAGCAGAGGUGGAAGGAGUGCAGCAGAAGUUGGCAGAAGUAACACAGCGGCAUGAUGAGAUGAAAGAGGUGGUGGAGCGCCAUGAGGCUGAGGAGGAGGCAGCGCGCCACCGCCUGGAGGAGGAGAAGCAGAAGCACGAUGCGGCGGCCAAGAUCCAGGCAUGGUGGCGUGGCACUGUGGUCAGGUGGGGCCUCAGCGCCUCACUCAAGAAAAAAAACAAGAAGGGCAAACCAGCCAAGAAAUAAAAGAAUGAACUAAUAUUAUGUAGAAGUAAUAAAGAUGAUACAGUUAAUGAAUGUGGUUUGAAAAUAUGGCAAGUGCAAAAAAAUAGUUUGAAUGAAUUUAGAAGAAAUUAUAAAAGUAAAAAGUUGAGAAAUAAAAAGGAUCAUAUGGUGUACUAGAAUGCAAAGCAGCCCAGAAAGUCAUAGAUAAAUUGUUUUCCAUGUAUGAGUAUGUGCCUUACAUUACUGCUGGGAUUCACUAACAGUCCCAACUUAAAAACUUUGUAUAAAGAAAAGAUAAAAAUGCAUAUGACUCUCCCUUAAGCAACUCACUAACAUUUUUAAGUCCACCAUCUUGGAACAUUUUUCUUUGUAGCUCUGUUUCACACUUCUGCCAGUAGACAGCAUUAAUGCAUUGUUGACAUUUUUUCUUCAGCCACUACUACUACUACUACUACUACUACUGCUACUACUACUAUUCCUCUACAUGACUGAACUAAGUGUCUAGUCUUCCAUGCAUAUGGUAAAUGUAGAACCAGGAACUAGUGAAUAAAAAUUAGUGCUAAUUAGAUCAUUUUAUAUAUAAAUAUACAAAAUAGUACAACAGGAGAAAUCUAACUAAUAAUUCCCAUCAAGCAUUUAUAAUUUCUAGGAGCAUCAUUGUACUUUUGGGCUAAUUCAAGUAAUUCUUUUAAUCUUCUUUACAAAAAUCAAUAUAUUUUACUCUCAUACAUGCCUUUUGCCCAGAUGUUAGUAC